AUGUGGCUGUGCCGCAUCUCCGGAUCUCCAGAAUCGCCCUCUAUGCUCGACUCAACCAAAUUCCGCGAUUCACCCUCUAUCUUCGCAUUUCUUUUGCUUUUGUGUCGGUUGUGUACGUGGCGCAGACACUCGUCGUCGCUCUGCAAUGCGUUCCUCUCGCUGCUUUGUGGGGUGGCGCAGAGGGUAGAUGCAUGGGCUCAGGUCGUCUUCAUUCCGACUUCUGUGCUCACUCUCAUCUGUGACUCGCUUGUGCUGCUGUUGCCAAUGAAUAUUGUCUUCUCGCUUCAGGCAAAGUUAGCAAGAAAGCUAGCCCUGGCGCUUGUACUUUUCUAUUUGUCACUUUCCCAAUCACGGUCUGUUAACUCACAGAGUAUAGAACGUCCAUUCGCCCUUCAACACCCGGAUGACGCAACUUGGUAUUUCUCUGUCGUAAUGGUGUGGUCUACCACAGAAAUUAGUAAUGCCAUCAUCGCUCUUUCUCUCCCAGCGUUACGAGCAUUGUUUGCAGUCUGGAGCAAGAAUCGUUCGACGAUGCAUCACAGUGAAAUAGAUAAUACCGGAACAAUUGGCCUUGAGUCGAUUCAUCCGUCGUUAAAGCAGCCUAUAUUUGUCGAACAUGAUAUUCAGGAGACAAUCAACGUGGACUGGACCAAUCCAAGCCAGGAGACGCUUUGGGGUGUCAAGGAUGGGAAUGUUCGAUUUAGGGAUAUGGUUCGCGUGGGUUUUGAGAGGUCCCGGUCUCGGUAG